GCGAGGAGGAGGCGAGCGAGGCCCCGAGCCCGGCUGCCGCCGGAGGGGAGUGGAAAUUUACAGGCGCCCGGAGCGCGGGCGAGCCCGUGCGCGCUCCGGUGAGCGCCGCGCCGCCAGCGCGCAGCGGCUCCGAAGACGGGCGAGCGACUGGAUGCCCGCAGCUCGUUUUUCGCUGCCACGUGUCAAGGAUAAGGACGAACUGGGGCUAAAUGGCAAAUAAAUAGGGGCGCCCGCGGCCGGCGCCCUGGGGGGCUGGCGGAGAGCUGUCUUCAGCACCGCGGCGUGGAGCUGCUGCCCGCGGCGUAGCCGAGCCUGGACGCUCCUGCCCGCGGCAGUCCUCUUCUAUACUGAAAGAAGAAAUCCAGGUGAAGACAGAACAUGCCUUUGUUUAGUAAAUCACACAAAAAUCCUGCUGAGAUUGUGAAAAUUCUGAAAGAAAACAUGGCCAUAUUGGAAAAACAAGAAAAAAAGACAGACAAGGCAUCAGAAGAAGUGUCAAAAUCCCUGCAAGCGAUGAAGGAAAUUCUAUGUGGUACCACAGAAAAGGAGCCACCCACAGAAAUAGUGGCUCAGCUGGCACAAGAGCUGUACAACAGUGGCCUUCUGGUGACACUUAUUGCCAACUUGCAGCUGAUAGAUUUUGAGGGCAAAAAGGACGUUUCCCAGAUAUUUAACAACAUCUUGAGAAGACAGAUUGGCACACGCAGCCCUACUGUGGAAUACAUUAGUGCCCAUCCACAUAUCCUAUUCAUGCUUCUAAAAGGAUAUGAAACCCCACUGAUCGCCUUGCGCUGUGGAAUUAUGCUAAGAGAGUGUAUCCGACAUGAACCGCUGGCCAAGAUCAUACUUUUCUCAGAACAGUUCAGAGACUUUUUCAAAUAUGUGGAAAUGUCAACUUUUGAUAUAGCUUCUGAUGCCUUUGCUACAUUCAAGGACUUGCUAACAAGACACAAAUUAUUGGUAGCAGAUUUCCUGGAACAAAAUUAUGAUACAAUCUUUGAGGAUUACGAAAAGCUCCUUCAUUCUGAGAAUUAUGUAACAAAGAGACAAUCUUUGAAGCUGCUGGGUGAAUUGAUUCUGGACCGGCACAACUUCGCCAUCAUGACAAAAUACAUCAGCAAGCCAGAGAAUCUGAAGCUGAUGAUGAACUUGCUGCGAGACAAAAGCCCCAACAUUCAGUUUGAAGCAUUUCAUGUAUUCAAGGUUUUUGUGGCCAGUCCAAACAAAACGCAGCCCAUUGUGGAGAUCCUGUUGAAAAACCAACCCAAGCUGAUCGAGUUCCUGAGCAAUUUCCAGAAGGAGAGGACGGACGACGAGCAGUUCAACGAUGAGAAGAACUACUUGAUAAAGCAAAUCCGAGACUUGAAAAAGCCGACGGCGUGAAGAACUUCCUCUCGCUUCCCGCUGUAGGCGUUAAUCUCAUUUGUUAAGUUCCUCUGCGUCCCUUAAACACCAUCGUAGUGCUUGGGAGGGCACAGCGAGUGCCUGGGUUUUAUGUUGUCUUUAUUCCUAGGUGUUGAGAGCAUAGGGGGGGUUUAUGUGAAAACUAAACAAAAGAUAUAUAUCCAGAAUAAUAUAUUAUUUUUAAUCGUGGCUAUUUAUGUCAGUUUAGGACGUCUCUGUGUUAGAAGCCGGUCUGACAGAUUUUCGUUUGCGCUCGAGGAGAACGAGCCUCUUCACUUACCCGUUACCAGCCAAGCUGAGCUGCCGGGGAGCGCCCAGAGCGGGCCGUCGGGGGACCGUGCCGUCUCUCCCUGCGCUGCGCUGCCUCCGACUGCGGCGCAGGGCCGCAGGCGCGCAAGGCUGCGAGCGAGCACCUUCGGCUCUGGAGUCAGCGGCGCUUACAGACUGGAGUCUUAGCGGGAAGAAAAGCAGUGAAGGUCAUGCUUUCGCCUUUAUUUUAUUUUAUUUGCUUUCUUUCAUCUUCCAAGUUGUUGUUUACCCUAGAGCAGAGGUUUUCUGCCCAGCCCCUGUUAAGGAAGUGGCCGAAGACGUCAGCUGGCCCGGCCAUCUCCGUCUGCCCCGUUUCCCGUGCCGGCCGGCUCCUGCCACCGUGGGCUCGUGCCCCGGCGGGAAGGGGCCAUCGUCCCAUCCCGAUUACAGUCCCAGCCGUGAGCCGGCGUCGAGGCGAGCUCGGAUGCCGGGAGCGGUGCCACCAGCUCUGCAGCCGCCUGGAUUUUAAUUCCUUCAAGCUUGCCUGGGUGGGAAGCGCUUUGCCCAUGAAUUUUGUUUGACGGUUGGGAACGGCCAGGAGGCCCUCGGUCCCCGAGGCCUUUGGGGAGCCGCAGGUGCUCGGCGUCUCUGGAGGCCGAGAGUGUCUACUGGAUCCCUCGGUAAAGCUGAGGAGGCGGCUGGGCAGCCCCAGGCCCCGGAGGUGCCCGUCGCCUGCCACUCUCCAUCCCAGCUCAUUCGGAUGCCAAUCCCGCUUCUGCGCUCAAGUUCUAGAAGGAGAAGUUGUUGCACUGUAAUAUUUAAGCUUAAUAAGCCUGUGGUCCCCCAAAUGUUACCCAGGUGUGUUUGAAGAGUUCUUCCUUUGGGGGGGGAGUGGUCUCUUGUUUUCUACACGGGAAACGGAAGCGUUCCCGUGAUGCUGGCUUAGGAAGUGGAGCCUGAGAGCGGGGAGUGGAAGUUUCCUCAACUCUUUAAUAGCCCAAGUUCUGAGUUUCCCUGUUUGUUGUAGGACGUUUUGUUAUCUAGCUAAAACUGUAGCUACCGCUUCAAGAAACGCGGUAGAACCGAACUGUAAAAACAGAAGACUUUUUCCUUCAUAAACCUGUUGUAUAGUAGGGUGACGGAUAACGUUAAUUUAUGUGCUUUAGGAAAGGGAUGAAACCGAGCAGACUGUGGACUCACGAUUUGUUUUCAGAUGUCAGAUAUAGGCAAAAAAAAAAAAGUCCAUCUUAGUUGCCUGGAAUUAAAAAAAAUUAUAUAUAUUUACAAGCUAUUAAAGGCAUGAUUACUGAUCACUGUUUUCA